AUGGCAGUCUACGCCUCUCAGCUCGGUGUCAAAGGGCCCUUUACAAACCAUGCUCCCGUUCUGCCAACCCACGCGCCUCCAGCCGGCACGUUUUUGCCUGGCACCAAGGUCCAGGUGGGCGAUCACAGGGUUAUCAUCGAGCGGUAUCUCUCCGAGGGCGGCUUUGCCCACGUCUACGUUGUCCGGCUCCCUCGGCCCGUCGAUGGAAACCAGAAGGCUGUGCUCAAGCGAGUGGCCGUCCCUGACAAGGAGCAUCUGGCCAACAUGCGGACAGAAGUCGAGACCAUGAAAAGACUGCGAGGCCAAAAGCAUAUCGUCAAGUACAUUGAUUCGCAUGCUUCCCAACUAAAGGGCAGUGGAUACGAGGUGUUUUUGCUCAUGGAAUUUUGCCAGGGAGGAGGACUCAUUGACUUCAUGAACACCCGGUUACAGAACAGGUUGACCGAGCCCGAAAUCCUCAAGAUCUUUACCGAUGUGGCUGAGGGUGUCGCAUGCAUGCACUACCUGAAACCUCCUUUGAUGCAUCGAGACCUGAAGGUUGAGAAUGUCCUUAUAUCCACGAGUGGCUCAUCUAGGAUAUAUAAACUCUGUGAUUUUGGUUCUGCAGCUCCUGCGAGACCGGCUGCUACAACCGCUGCGGAAGGUCGCCUAAUUGAAGACGAUAUCAACCGCCACACGACCCUACAGUACCGCAGCCCCGAAAUGAUCGACGUCUACAGGAAACAACCCAUUGACGAGAAAUCGGAUAUUUGGGCUCUCGGGGUGUUCCUGUACAAGCUUUGCUAUUACACGACGCCCUUCGAAGAUGUUGGGCAGAUGGCCAUACUCAACGCAAAGUUCAAAUUCCCUGGCUAUCCACGAUUCUCUGACCAACUAAAGCUGCUGAUUGCUUCCAUGCUGCGGGAACGGCCGACAGACCGACCGAAUAUAUAUCAGGUGCUACAAAAAGCAUGUCAAUUGGACGGCCGUGAAUUAACGUUCGAAAACAUAUAUGCUCGUCGGACGCAAUCCGAAAGUCGUAAAGACCAAGUGCUACCACAGCCAUCUAGUUCGCAAUCUCGAACUGGGGCCACUUUGUCUCCUCCAAAACCGGCAGCUCCCCCAACUAUUCCUGAUAUCGAGCCGAUGCGGCGGGGACGACCAACCAAACCUGUAUCUCACCAUGGUUCAGCAAAACCGAGCCCCUCACCUCUGCGAAUGAUGGACAACUCAACCUCCGAUCCCUUUGCGGCACUGGACGGGAGCAAGGCUUCUGUCGAAGACGAGCUUUCUUCAAGAUUCCCGACACUAGAUCAGUUCUCGUUACUGACUGACAAGGGCCAAAAAUUUGCGUUUGAACCUCAAGCUGAGAAGAAGAAAGAGCCUGUCGAUGUGAAUCUUGCACAACGAGUCACCAAUGCUCUAGCGGAUGAUGCAUUUGCAAGGCCACCUAGCCCUGCAAAGCCGAAACCACCCACAGACAAGCCAGCGCCUAUUAGCAAAUCGCAGACUGUGUUGCAGCAUAAGAAGUCCCUAGAAAGUAAAGAAACACAAGCUCGAGCGAAUGCAGCAAACCCACCACCCGUCACUGCUCCCAAACCCCCUAUGGUGUCCAUCGGCACCAUGACCUCGCCAUCACCACCUCCAACAACGGACGCCAAACCAUUUGCAGAUCGCCCAAUACACCGAUUUCCUCCCAGUGAUCAACCGCUGAAGCCUGCUGCAGCACCGCAGAACUACGAGACUAUGGAGUUGCCUCCUAGGGAGCCGCGUUCUUCUCGCAACAAAGACGCAUCGAGGUUGGCAAAUCUACUCAGAGAAGAUGGGUAUAGGUCGCAACUUGCUGGGGAGAUGGAGCCAAAGUCGCCAACUUCGUCACGUCCAUCUUUGGAAGGUGGUCGUCCGACCAUGCGGGAGCUCAAUUCUGGAGUGAGCAGGUCAAGGUCGCUGAAUUUCCGAAAUCGGCCCGCCAGUGUUAAUAUCGGGGCGAGGCCGACUCACAUCAAAGACAAGGAAAUCAAAAGCCUUGACUAUGACACGACGUUCAAGAGUGCAGAACCUGAAAUGGCGCCCCUGGCGCAUGUCGAAUCCGCAACAAAUAUUGCCUCGGACGUAGACUUCCUCAAAGCUAAAGAGGAGGAGGAGAAGUCACGUAAGCAUCAUAGAAGGCUGGGCAGUGGUUCGAGGCAUCUCAAAAGAGCCAGUCUGCCAUCAAUCGUCCCCAAUAUCGCGGGAACGACCAGAUUGUUGGCAGGCAAGUUUGGAGACGCUUUCAAGAUGUUUGAGAGCAACAACGACCCGACUCAUCACCGGCAGCGGAGUGACUCGCCCUCCCGUGACCCCAUCAACAUUCUCACCCCAAUUGCAGGUUCCGAGGCCACAGACCUCAGCGACGACCGCCAGCCAUGGGACGACAUGGAGGAUCUUUCGCCUGAGAUGAGACGAGAGAUGGAAAAGCGGAAACUCGAGGCCGAAGAAAGAAGAGUAGCUCAAGCAGCCGCAGAGUACAGGCAGCGAAUAGCAGCAAGAGGGGGCGGGGCUGUAGGGAGUAGUGGAGGGGUUGGAAGGUCGGCUACCAUUCAGAACAGGGUGAAGUCCCUAUUGAGUGAAAAUGAUCGACCUGCACAAAAGACGGCAACGGGGUACGGCCACUACACCGAAUCAACAUCGCCUCAGCAAGCGCAUGCGGAUGACAGGCGGUUAUCGCAACCGUCCAGGGCGCCCCAGGCUCAAUUGACUGGCAAAAUGGACAGACACGGCGCCCCGGAAGUUGUGGCGUCUGCACCGGCCUCUAUGACAGAUCUCAGCAGGGUAGAUUCCCGAGGACAGAAGCCGAGCGCACCGCCGAAACCAAAGGUGCUGCGGACGGGGGGUAUAUCAGAGUCGGCUGUGGUGACUACGAGCGAGGCGCAUGCUCCUGCUACGAACGUGGAUGAUGACUGGGAGGCAAACUUCAGCAGGAGGUAUCCGAGCCUUGCUGGAAUUGAGAUGGUGGAAACCUCGAUAGAUGGGCCAAAGAGUGGCCCGGCUGUGCGCACAAAAGAAGUAUAA